UUCUCCAAACAAGAUUCAGGUCUCGCCUAACCUCCCUUAAAGCGCCCACCAGACGGCCAAGUUCGCGAAGCGAAACGGUUUUCAGACGAUGUCCUAGAAAACCCUAAAAUUGCAGAGAAAACCAACCUCCAUCUAUUUUCUCGCUCGUGCUUUUGGGAGACCUAUUCGAUCCUGAGAUUGCAUAGAAAUGAAGCCAUUUUUCCCUAACCCUAAAACUUUGCAGGGAAAACACAUUAUGUAUCUAUUGGUGGCCUUCUAGCUUGUGUCGUCCGUAAAGGCUCAUUCUUUCUCAAUUGAUCUCAGCACCCCAUUAUUCUGCAACUUUCCAUUAUCAAACGUUCCUUCACCUAUAGAAAAGAGGGACAUUGCGAUGCUUGAACAGAUGAAAGGUCCAGGAGUUUGCCAGAGUGUUUUUGAGAAAACGUAAUCCGAACACUAGAGUUGCAGAGACACCCGGUCAAUGCAGGCUUGCGAACUGUUCAUAGAUGGUAAAAAAUCGCUUUACUAUUACAUUUUUACAUUAGCUGCCAUUGUUCCGCAAUUCGUCAUGACCCAUUGUUCCCAUUCCCUAAAGAAAGCAGCUCAUAAAGUAUGCACCGUGUUAUUACAACCUAAAAACCGAACUUUUUCAACAAAUCUUUUGGAUGAGACCCUAACCCGAAAUUUCCAGGAAUGCCCAACUCUUUCCCCAAAUCUUUUGGCUCGAAUGCUAACUCUAAAUUUUCAGAAAAAACCAAUUUGCCCCCAAAAUCCUUUGUACAAAAACCUAGCCCUAAAUUUGCAGAGCAACCCGUUUCUUCACAGGCCAAGAGCCGUACAUUCCUCUGCUGAUUCCAUUCCAGAGGAGACUCCAUCAACCUCUGCUCACUCCGGUCCCCGAAUCUCUCGGUUUGCUCGCAAGGAAGCUGAAGAUGCUCUCUUGGACUAUCUCCACUUCACGAGAUGCUUAAGUUUCACUGACGCAGAGCACAUAAGCAAGAAUUCACCCACUUCUAUUCACUACCUCCUAUCAAAAGUUGUGAACAAGCAAGAGAUUGGUCGCUCAAUUGCGAGGUUUUUACGAUACCAUCCCAUUAAUGAAUUCGAGCCAUUAUUUGAAAGCUUGGGGCUAAAACCUUGUGAAUUUGCCUCUCUACUCCCUCGUGGCCUUAUGUUCUUAAGUGAUGAUCAAUUAUUGUUAGACAAUCUCCAUGUUCUGUGUAAAUAUGGUGUUUUGCAUAGUGAGAUAGGGAAUAUGUACAAGGAAGAGAGAGAAAUUUUCAGGCAUGAAGACGGUGUCUUGCUUUCGAAGCUCAAAGCUUGUGAGGAGCUGGGUUUCAGUCAAACUACUGUUGUAAAGAUUGUGGCUUCUUGUCCUUCUCUUCUUGUUGGGAAUGUUAAUGAGGAAUUUUCUAGGUUAAUUGUAGAAAUUGAAGGUUUGGGUAUUGAAAAAGAUUGGGUAGGGGGGUGUUUAUCCCCAAAGAACAAGUAUAAUUGGAAAAGAAUGUGGAGAUUAUUGUCCCUUUUGGAAAGGAUGGGUUUCAAGAAGGGGGAAUUAGCUGAAGUUAUUGAGAAGCACCCAAAUUUCUUCUUCGAAGGUUCAGGAGAGAAUAUGUAUAUUCUGAUUGCUCUAUCGAUGAAAUUGGGUUUUCACAUAAAUGAUAUCAUGAGCUUGAUUUGGAAUUUCCGGAGAGAUUCAAGCCCAAAUCUAGUGAAGAAUUUUUGGCAUGCGAUACAUUUCCUAUAUGGAGCUAGGUUAAAAGUCGGGGAUAUAGUUAGGCUCGUGCACUCACACCCUCGUGUCUUGAGUUCAUGCACUUUAAAAAGGCCCAAAUCGGUGAAGCAACAGCUGAAUGUGGGGAUCAAACGUUUAGGCUUGAUAAUUUUAGAGGACCCAAAUCGAUUAAGAGAUUGGGGAUUGGGGACGAAGCUGCACCCAGUUUCUGGUCCCUCAGAGGAUGAGCUAUCAUUACUCAAGAAGAUGCAAUUCUUGUUAAAAUUAGGAUUUGUUGAGAACUCAAAGGAGAUGGUCAAUGCUGUGAAGCAGUUUAAAGGCAAAGGGGAUGAAUUACAAGGGAGAUAUGACUGUUUAGUAGGAGCAGGAUUUGAACCUAAUGAAGUCUCUCACAUGACAAAGCUUGCUCCUCCAGUAUUGCAACAAAGCCAAGAAAAGCUCCUGAUAAAGAUAGAUCUCCUUGUAAAUAGAUUUGGGUAUCCUCUGAAAUGUUUGCUGCCUUAUCCCUGGUUUCUUUGUUAUGAUGUGGGAAGGAUCAAGCUUAGGUUUUCAAUGUAUGACUGGCUCAAGGAGAAAGGGGUAACCAGCCACACAUUGACUAUAAGUAGUAUUAUUUCCUGUUCAGAGAAGAGGUUUAUUGAGAGGUUUGUCAGUCUCCACCCUGAAGGUCUGGAGGUUUGGGAGGAAUUAAACAAAUAGAUGAUUUUGGGAUGAGGUUUUAUCUUUCAUUUCGAUUAGUUGUCUCGAUUUGCAGAGACAUAUGCAAGCUUUCAAUGAUUUAUCUUGUAAUCCUCACUUUGCAUCCUGUAUUUUUCGCUCUGCAUCUUUUAUCAAAAGGAUUCAUUAUA